AUGCAAGUGGUAGUAUUUAAACGAAACAGAGAUGCACUCAUAGUUUUUAAAUGUAUGGAUAUUUCAUACUUAUGAACUAUGGACUGAACAGUCCAUAUUACAUACUACAUACUACAUACUUAUAGACUAAAAUUGUAAUAUAAAUAAAUGACUGUUUUAAACAUAACAGAGGAAAACUUUAUCUUACAAAUCAAAUAAAUGAUUUGCAAAUUAUUUUUUGAGUUAAUUCAUCCAAAUAAAAUGACAAAGUAGCACAAUGUGUAGUUUACUAAACAGAAUUAGAAACUAUUUGAGAAAUUAUUUAAUAAAUUUAAAAUUUAUAAUAAUUUAAUAAAUAUAAAAUUAUUUGAUUAUCGAAAUAAAAAAUUAUUUAUUUGAUAGUAAAAUAACAAUUUCGAGAAAAACCAUCUUUUAUUCAAAUAAAUUAACGUAAAAUUAUUUUUAAAUAACAUCAAACCACGAGGCAUAAAAUGUUGUAUUAAACUAUUUAAAUAAUUUUUCAACUAUUUUAUUUCAGUAAUGCUCAAGUUUUAGUUCAAUGCGUCUGUUUUUAUAUGACGCUCUAUAUUUCUGUGUCAAUGACGAUUUACUUGUUUUAACAUCUCGUUACCCGAAAGUAUCGCCGCUGACCGAGGUCCUCAGAAUACACGUUAAUAUUGUAUACGAGAAUCAUUAUAUAAAAGGUUCUUUAAGAUUACAUGUAUUAUCUAGCAUACACAUAUCGUAU